CUAUAAGGUGUCAGGAUGUCGCUGUCUAUUUCUCCAUGGAGGAGUGGGAGUAUUUAGAAGAACACAAGGAUCUGUACAAGGACGUCAUGAUGCAGAAUCACCAGUCUCUUACAUCAUUGGAUGGAUCCAGUCAGAGAAAUCCACCAGAGAGAUGUCCAAGUAUUCUGUAUUCCCAGGACUGUUUAGAGAAGAAACCAAAUAUCCAACUGGAUCAUCAGGAAAGUUCUGGUAAAACGACGAGUGAACUUGAAAAACCUACAUCAGUGUCUGUGAAGGGUGAAGACGGGAUGAGCGACUCUAAUGUACCUCUCCAUUUAUCUUCCUAUCAUGAAGUAGAUGUUGAUAACAACACCACACAAGCUCAGUCCUCAGUCCUUCACAGUGAAGAUCUAUCCACCGACACCGCUGGUCACAAGAAGCCUUUGUCUAAUCAAUCACUGGUCUGCAAAACAAGAACUGGACAUAGACGAGGGAAAAUAUUUUCACGUGGAAAAUAUUUUAAAAAGAAGUCCAGUCUUUCUUUGCAUGAGAGAAGUCACAGAGAUAAAAGGUCAUUUUCGUGUUCGGAAUGUGGAAAAUGUUUUAGUGACAAAUCAAACCUUAAAGUGCAUCUAAGAAUUCACACAGGGGAGAGGCCGUUUGCAUGUUCAGAAUGUGGGAAGUGUUUUAGACAAAAAUCAGCUCUUGUCAAACAUCAAAGAACUCACACGGGGGAGGAACCGUUUCUAUGUCCUGAAUGUGGGAAAUGUUUCAGACACAAAUCUAAUCUUGUGAGGCAUCUAAGAAUUCACACCAAGGAAAAGCCUUUUACAUGCUCAGAAUGUGGGAAAUGUUUUAUCAUUAAAGCAAGUUUUGUUCAUCAUCUGAAGACACACACUGACAAGAAACCAUUUUCCUGUUCAGUAUGUGGGAAAUGUUGUACCAAAAAAUCAAAUCUUAAGGAUCACCUAAGAAGCCACACAGGGGAGAAGCCAUUUUCAUGUUCAGUAUGUGGAAAAUGUUUUAGCCAGAAAUCAAAUCUUGAGAAGCAUCGAAGAAUUCACACAGGAGAGAAGCCAUUUUCAUGUUCAGAAUGUGGGAAAUGUUUUGGACAAAAAUCAGCUCUUAUUAAACACCAGAGAAUUCACGUAGAGGGGAAGCCAUUUUUAUGUCCUGAAUGUGGGGAGGAUUUUAAACAUAAAUCAAGUCUUAAGGAACAUCUAAGAAGUCACAUAGGGGAGUUGUCGUUUUCAUGUUCAGAAUGUGGGAAAUGUUUUACUCAGAAAUCUAAUCUUAUGGUGCAUUUAAGAAUUCACACAGGGGAGAAGCCAUUUUCAUGUUCGGAAUGUGGGAAAGGUUUCAGACACAAGUCAAGUUUUAAUGAUCAUCUGAAAACACACGCUGAGAAGAAGCCAUUUUUAUGUUCAGAAUGUGGGAAAUGUUUUUGCUGGAAAUCAGGUCUUCGCAGACAUCAGAGAACUCACUCGGAGGAGAAACAAUUUUCAUAUUAGUGUUUAUAAAAUGUGACAGGACUAGGGUUGAGCGAACCCGAACUGCUAAGUUCGGGUUCGUACCGAACUUUGCGA